AUGCAAGAUGAAACCGAAGACUGUCGAUUUAAAGCGAACGAAUUUAUACCGUAUAAUCGGGGUUCAGCGUUCAAUUUCGAUGGGGAUCAAAUCGGAAAUAAAAGACGAAUGGAAAAAGAUAAAGAUGCAUUCAUAGUAGACCGUUAUCGGAUGGACAAAUUAAAGCGAGCUGUUCUUGAGGGCAAAAGCAAUAGCACUCGGCGGAACUACACCGAGGAUGAUCUCCAAUCUGCAUUGAGGGAUAUCCAAUCUGGGUUGGGCACGCGAAGGGCCGCAGCACUUUACGGCAUCCCACGGUCCACGCUACGAAACAAGGUCAACAAACAUGGUCUUACUCCAGAAGCACCCGAGUCCGAGGACAGUGACCCCGAGAAGCCAGACACGCCAUCAUCUGUAAUCCUCAAAAUUCCCUCCUUCCCUCCUCCAGAGGACAAGAGCCCAUCACCAGCCACGUCCGUCACGACCCCUGUGACGCCCAUCACGCCGAUAUUACCUCCACAGUCGUCCCUAAAUCACCCUUCACCUUUGCUACUUCCGGCUUCCGUGUACGCCGACCCACCCGCGGCUUCACAACACUUAUUCACGUCUAUGAGCGACGUCAUAGCUAAGAGCAUAUGCCAAAAGUUCCAACAGCCCCUGGAUAGGCCGCUUCAGCCUGACCUAUCUUACAUGAGGGCGCCCGAUCGACACGUCUCGGUCAUAAAAACGCCACCGGAUAAUCAAAGAAAUUACGCCGUACCCAGCAACUCCAAAGCGACAAAUAACGGUCAGCCCGCCCAGGGUGGCAAAGGCACGAGACCAAAACGAGGUAAAUACAGAAACUAUGAUCGAGACAGCCUCGUCGAGGCGGUGAAGGCGGUCCAGAGGGGCGAGAUGUCCGUGCAUCGGGCUGGCUCCUACUACGGUGUACCUCAUUCCACCCUAGAAUACAAAGUCAAAGAGCGGCAUUUGAUGCGGCCCCGAAAGAGGGAGCCUAAGCCGCCGCAGGAAACGAAGCCGCAGCCACCUAAACCGCCCCCUAAACCGACGAAGCCAUUCACGAACGGAAUGAACGGCCCCGAGGCGCCGGGCUACCCGGCCAACUAUCCGUUCUGGGCCGGAGCCCGGUUCGCGCCGCCCGCGUCCGACCUCUACACGUCGCAUAUGAUGCGGCGACUACACGGCGAGGCCCCACCGGCCAACGGGUUCCUCGAGGGCAUCAUCCGGUCGAGCCUGGAGGCACGGCCGGGCGCGGCGCUGCUGCAGCGGCUGACAGCGGAGCCGCGCGCGGAGGCACCGAGCCUGGCGCGGCGGUUGGCUGGAGAGGUGGACGAUGAGCCGGCGGCCCGGCGCCCUCGCCUGGACUCCGACCUGGCGUUGGCGGCCGAGAUGCGCGAGGCGGUGCAGCGGCUACGCGCCGACAAGCUGCGUCCGCGCAACGGUACGCCGACGCCGCCGCGUGCGCUAUCGCCCGCCGCUCCUCCCGCCGCGCCGCCACACUCCGCCUAG